AUGUCCCUCUUGGAAAAUUGCCACCCGUGUGCUCCACCGGAGGACGGCCAUCGGCCACUAGCCGCGGAGGCCCUGCGGCGUCGUGAUUUGAUAUCGGUGAACGCUCGUCUAGCGGGUACUGGUGUUUAUACAAGUCGUUUGCAUACCGGUGCGGUUACCCCCCGCCCCAUCGUACGGACUGUAAAGGCACUUCAGAGACCAAACCAACUCGUACAACUCGACCGAACACCGAGUAACACACUAUCUGCAGUCACUAGUGUAACGGCAUUCAGUGAGGAAGUAGAUGAUGUGGCGAGCGAAAUGGCGAGUGGAGUGCUAGAAGCCAGUCAAGAAGCACUUGAUUCGUGGUUAGGCGAAUUGACAAAGGACGUCCCAACGCAAAUAUUGGAAAACACGCCGGAGGGUGACAAAGCAAGCUGUAGCAGGUCGAAUUCGACAAGCGGUGACCCGUCGUGCAGUGCAUCGUUACUAUCCUCCACGCUUGAGUUUACAAAAGUACUUGAGAUGGAAAGUGUGGCCACGUGUAGCACAACGUGCAUUGGAGAUGGGAGGGCCAGUGUGGCGAGCACGAAUCAACUCAAUGGUGUCACUGGCACUUCCGCUGUAGACGUCACCGGAAACUCGAUCAAUCUGUUAGACCGAAGUGCCUCUCCGGCUCUCCGAACUCCGGGUGUCUCCACCACCACAGAAACUGCCCUACGUAGAAAGAUCGUCAAUGUGCGGAUAGAGGAACGUAUCGGUCGUGGGAUGUUCGGCGAUGUAUUUCGUGCAACUGACCUGGACACAGGGGCGGAGCUUGCGGUGAAGCAGAUUAUUGUAUCUUCAGAUAUUGACAGGGACACAGAGAAGCAACUAUGCGCGCUGGAACGGGAAAUUCGUGUGAUGCGCAAGUUGAAUCACAAGCAUAUUGUGAAGUACUUUUCUUCACGACGCGACGAGGGGUGCUGCGCGCUGUUGAUAUACAUGGAGUACAUUAGUGGUGGCACCAUCGCUAGCAAGCUUAAAACCGAAGGGGCUCUGAGCGAGGAGGAGACUCGUAACUAUACUCGACAGUUGCUAGAGGGUUUAGCAUACCUUCACAAGCGGCGCAUCGUGCACCGCGAUCUGAAGGGGGACAAUUUGUUUAUAACAGGGAAUGGCGUCUUGAAAGUUGGUGAUUUCGGUACUAGCAAAGAUUUGCAGUCAACUAUAGUAACGAAUAGUGUCGCUGGAACGCCGAAUUUUAUGGCGCCUGAAGUGAUUAACUGCAGUGGGCACAGCUACACGGCUGAUAUCUGGUCCGUGGGCUGUUGCGUACUUGAGAUGCUAACCGGUCAUCCCCCCUUCUGGCAGCUAGACAACUGUAUGGCAGUUAUGUUUGCUAUUCUACGAGGUGAACUCGAGAGGCACAUCCCAGAGCACCUUCCCGAGGGUGCCAAAGAGUUCAUUCGUCAAUGUACCCGUACCAACCCGAGGGAGCGUCUAACGGCGCGACAGUUGCUGCGACACCCAUGGAUAAAGGGCAAGGGAAAGGCGGACUCCGUACGAAGUUGUAGCCUGAUGGAUUGCUCACUUGCAAGCGCGUGUUCGCAAAUCGAUGUGGCAAGUGUUACGAACAAGGUUGCAGCUGCGACGACAAGCCCCAUUAAUGGGGCUGAACGGAGCCGCGUUUCACUGCUUAGCACUCACAUUCCUUCAGGACAUGCCGUGAUUGGCAUGAGGGGAUGUGGGAGUCUUCUUGGCAUCGAAUCUGGCCGGCGUCCCCGCAUGAACAGCUUCCGCCAGAGCAACGUUCGGCGACGUCUGUCCAUCUCAUGCAGCAGCAGCACGGCACCUCUCGAUAGUCGUACUAGUGACCCGCGCAAGGGUCGAAGGAAGGGAGUGGGAAUAGCCGGUGAUGCUUGCGCGAGGACGACGAAGUUGCCCAUUGUCAGCCGCUGA